GGGUUAUUAGGGAGCGAAAAAGUAAAGUAGAUGCAUUGCCAACUCCUAUUUAUAAUAGAAUACAGCCAAUAGAUAAAUCCAGAAAAUACCCAAGCAUACCUGGGUGAGAAUACAGCUUCGUAAAUCUCACAGGCAUCUUAUUGUAUUUAUGACAACUUAUUUCUUUUAGAUAUCUUAUUAUAUUUAGGUGAUUAAUAAAGAACAGUAGUAGUUUAAGAUGGCUCAAAACGAGAUCAACCUAAUUGGUUUAUAUAAAUUGAGCACAGAAAAUGAUGGUAAGGACUUGAUAGAGAAACUUCAAGAGUGGGGGACACUGCCCAAAGAAGGUGAGUAUUUAUGUCCAAAUGGACAUGAGUUAGGUCUGUAUAAAGAUAAGUCGAGUAUUGAUGGUUUUAAAUGGAAGUGUUCUCAAAUGAUCUCAAAACCAAAAAAGAAGCCGUUGAAGUGUAAUUAUGGGUACGAAAGCUAUUAUCCGUUGUUGAAAGUAUCUUAAUGUAGUUUUAUUUUUAGUACGUCGGUGAGAAAAGAAACGUUUUUAGCAAGGUCUCAUUUGGGCCUGUUUCAAAUUUGUGGUUUUGUACAUUGGUGGGUGCAUAACACCGCACUCAGCGUAAUUGAAAAAGAAAUGCGUAUAUCGAAAAGAAUUACUGUAGACUGGUCAUCGUUUUGUUGUGAAGUAGUUUUUGAUGAAAUGAUUGGUCAAGCGAAACAGUUAGGUGGGAAUGGGAGUAUAGUUGAAAUUGACAAGUCGAAGUUUGGUCGAAGAAAGCAUUAUCGUGGUCAUCGGGUCGAGGGUCAAGAUGAAAGUGAAAAUGAAGAAGACGAAGAUGUCGAUGACAUCGAAUUCAACAAUAUUUCUGGAGUCGAUGCUUAUUGA